GCCCCAUCUCUCAAAGCUGUCAGGGGUGCAGCAUCCUCCCACACCAUCUGGUGGUCCGUGCGCACCCGCAUGGCGGGGUUGACAAAGGGCUUGUAGGGGUCCAUGUCAGCCAGCCCACGUGCGGCUCUUGUCGUCAUCCCCCCAACCUCUAACCUCAUCUUUUGUCACCCACUCCCUCAUCCUCGACGCGGUAUCAGACGUAAGGCAAACCGGAGUUAAGGAGAUAGAGACUCGAGUUCCUUUCGUCACACAAAUACUCCCCUUCAGCCUAGCGCUCAGAGAGGCCCCUAUAGGUCGGGGUUAGAUUCAUACGCCUCUCAUGUUCUCAACACCACGAAAGCGGUCCAAGUUCCAGGGACGAACACCAGGGUCGUCGAGCUCGUACAAAUUUGCUCGAAGAGAAUCCGGAGGGAUAUUUCAGAACGGAGGAUGGUUUUGUAAUUGCGAUCCUCGAUUACUAGCCUCGCGCUUCCAGACGAAGAAGGCCGGAAAGAACAGGGGAAGAUGGUUCUUCACAUGCCAAAGAGGGCCUAGCGAGGAACAAUGUGACUUCUUCCUGUGGGAGGAUGCAGCCCAUGAGCGCGAGAGCGAGUCGCUGUUCGUCGGCGAUGGUGGCAGUGGUCUCGGCGCGAUGAGCCAGAACAAUGGCGCUAUAAUAUACAAGAGCAGAGAUGACACUCAGGCCGAGCUGGUCGGGACCAUCGGUCGAGACCCGCCGCCUCUCCCAGUCUUGACACUCCGACCGAUACAGUCGCGCCAGAACCUCUUCACUACUGGAUUUUCACGGAUUCUGCAAAGCGUUGAUGCCACGGGGGCGUCAGAUGCCGAUCAGAAAGCUGUCGCGACGGGCUGGCGACCCACCACCACUUUACCGGUGCAGGCAUCCCCUAUCGCUGCAAACUCUGCAUCUAAAAGAAAGAGGAGCCUGUUUGGGGACGAAGUGGGCGAUAUCGGAAUAAGGCGCAAGGAUUUUGAAGACUUUGACUCCGAGGACGAGCAGCAGCUGGUUGAAAGAUCAGACCAGAGUAGCCGGGGUCAGCAACGCAGCCAGAUUGCCACAUCAACCCGGCAACGGCAGCCUUACGAAUUUGGCGAAGUGUCGACCCCCACGCCGCAGAGAGCUCCUUUCACAGCACCAAAGUCGGAAAGCACCAAGCUCGUGCGGGUUUCGGAUGUGGCUGCGGUCAGAGCAACACCUAGCUCGACUCCACUGUCCCAGAGACGAGGCGCACUCGAGGGGAGCCACGGCGACCUUGAGCAAGCAGAUGACGAAGACUAUCAGAUAACCGCGCAGGUGCUCGACUUGCUGAAGGACGAACCGGUCACGGAAGCCACACGGGGAAAAUUGCGUGGCCAUUUAAACAACUAUGCCCUCCAGAUGCGCGGAAUGGAACGGGGUCGCGAUAUGACCCGGGCUGCAAUAAAAGCGCGCGACGCCAAGGUCGGCGAGCUCCAGGCGCGUGUCAACGAGCUAGAGAAUGAAUGCAGGACCAAGCGGGAGAAGAUCCGGAGCCUCAGUAGUGGGAUCCGGGCAUUGGUCAAGGGCGCCGAUGAUGAUGACGAGUGACUAGAACAUGGGAUUCAAUCCUGUACUUUUGCAUUGGGCUUUGGGCUUUGGGAUGUAAUGGGACGAGUUAUGGGGAAAGGAAUUGGGAUGGGAUUGCGACUGCUUGUUAGGAUACCACUUGAUUUUUACUUGAUUUUUUCACAUUCUCGGUUCCCCUACGAGCGGCAGAUUCCUGGGGAAAUGUGCGCUACAAGACGUGGCGUGGGUGCGGACGGACUAAGAUGGCCCGUCCUGUCCUGUCCUGUCGUUGAUGCCGUCGAAGAGACUGCUGCACAACGUCAUUCUGUCAAUAGCUGAACCUGGGCUUCUUAGCAGGCACAACUGAAGUCUGCAGUCGUUCAAUGGGUGGCAGGUUGGAUGCAAGACCAGGGUAGUGAUAAUUCAAUAGAGGCGAAGAAAUUGAAGUGAGAAACCUGAAUGCCAACCACCAGCAUAUCUUGCGUGGACCCCACUGUAUUUGCAUUGCACG